AUGGGAGACGCCAGCGUCGUCAGCGGCCAGGAUGGCUCGGGUGAUGAGAAAGGCAAGAAACACAUCCUGCUCAAUGCUUUUGACAUGUCGACCGUGGGACAUUUGUCCCCUGGACAAUGGAAGAAUCCCAAAGACAAGUCUGCGACCAAGCGGACGCUGGAGUACUGGAUAGAGCUAGCGAAGCUGCUGGAGCGUGGUGGAAUCAACGCUUUGUUCCUGGCGGAUACGACUGGAGGCUAUGAUACCUAUGAGGGUAAGCUGGACGAAUGUAUCCGGCGUGCGGCGCAAUGGCCGGUGACGGAUCCAACUAUCCCGAUUUCUGCAAUGGCUGCAGUAACCAAAAAUCUGGCGUUCGGCAUCACGGCCUCCACUUCAUUCGAGCAGCCCUUUUUGCUGGCCAAGCGCUUUUCGACCUUGGAUCACUUGACCAACGGUCGCCUGGGAUGGAAUAUUGUGACUUCAUAUAAGAAAGCGGCCUUCAAAGCCAUUGGUGUGGAUAGUCCAAUCGAGCACGACGAACGAUACCGUCAGGCGGACGAGUAUUUGAGGGUACUCUAUAAACUCUGGGAGGGCUCCUGGGCCCCUGAUGCGCUGUCACCAAACCCCGAAACAGAUUCGUACGUGGACCCGGAUAAAGUCCGCCAGAUCAAUCACAAGGGGAAGUACUUCUCACUGAAAACACGACACAUCGUCGACCCGUCGCCGCAGCGGACCCCCUUUCUAUUCCAAGCGGGGACUUCAUCGGCCGGAUCGGAAUUCGCUGCGACCCACGCCGAAGCAAUCUUCGUCUCCUCGCAUUCACCAGAGGUAUUGCGGCCGAAGAUCGCAGCGAUCCGCAAGCUGGCCGCAGAGCGAGGCCGUGAUCCACAGUCAAUCAAGUUCUUCGCAACCUUUACACCCAUUGUAGGUGAGACUGACGAGGAGGCGCAGGCUAAGUAUAAUGAGCUGAAGAAGUAUGCCUCGGUGGUUGGAGGUCUAGUCCUUUUCAGCGGAUGGACGGGCAUCGACAUCUCCAAGAUUCCCGUUGAUCAAGAAAUCACCGCCGCAGACUCGUUGGAGGCAGGUCGAAUCACCAGUCUGCUUGACUCGUUACUCAAGACAAGUCAGGAUAUUCCACGUUGGACACCUCGCGUUGUUGCCGAGAAAGCUGCAAUUGGUGGCCUUGGACCAGUGGGCAUUGGAAGCCCUGCCACCGUUGCCGAUGAGAUGGAGCGUUGGGUUCGCGAGGCAGACCUCGAUGGAUUCAACAUUGCUCAUGUCACCACGCCUGGCACAUUUGAGGAUGUGGUUGACCUGCUCAUUCCGGAGUUGAGGCGACGCGGUCUUUAUCCUGAACUUCCCGAUCCCUUAGAGCCUGCGCUCACUGCUCGUGAGAAGGUCCUCGGCAAGGGGCAGAAAGAACUCAGGACUGAUCACGUCGGAAGCAAGUAUAAAUACGAUGUGUAUCAGGAGGAGGAACCAUAUGUUAGUGACGGCGAGGAGAAAUGA